ACAGCCCGUCUCACGACCCCUGUAGACAAGAUGGCUUCGAAACUGGCAUUGGUUCUGUCCACACUGCUGUUGGCCGUCAAUGGUCAAGCAUACGAUGGCGGUGACCGGGACGAAGAUGCGUUCUCGUGGGUACAGCCCUUGAACACAACCAUUCUAGGUCCCUAUGGCCACUCUCCAGCUGUCCUUCCCUCGCCCAAUGCUACCGGUGCCGGCGGCUGGGAGGAGGCACUCCAAAAGGCCAAGGACUUCGUAGCUCAACUCACCGUGGAGGAGAAAGCCGACAUGAUCACUGGUACACCUGGACCUUGCGUCGGCAACAUUGUCGCCAUCCCUCGCCUGGGCUUCAAGGGUCUCUGUCUCCAGGACGGUCCCCUAGCGAUUCGGGUUGCUGAUUAUGCCAGCGUUUUCAUGGCCGGUGUAUCUGCUGCCGCCUCCUGGGACCGCGAUCUUCUCUACGAGCGCGGCUACGCCAUGGGCCGCGAGUUCCGCGCCAAGGGAGCCCACGUCGCCCUCUCGCCCGUUGCUGGCCCACUUGGCCGUUCCGCCUACUCCGGCCGCAACUGGGAGGGCUUUGCGGCAGACCCGUACUUGACUGGCGUCGCCAUGGAGGAGACCAUCAUGGGCCACCAGGACGCCGGAGUCCAAGCCACACCCAAGCACUUUAUCGGCAACGAGCAGGAGACUAUGCGAAACCCCCUGUACGACGUCAACGGCACUGUCGGCGCAGUGACCUUCGAGGCCAUCUCGAGCAACAUUGACGACCGCACCAUGCACGAGUUGUAUCUGUGGCCAUUUGCCAAUGCCGUCAAGGCUGGCGCGGCCAGCUUCAUGUGCUCAUACCAGCGACUCAACGGCUCGUACGCCUGCGAGAACUCAAAGGCACAGAAUGGCCUGCUCAAGGGCGAGCUCGGCUUCCAAGGCUACAUCAUGAGUGACUGGGGUGGCACCCACAGCGGCGUCGCCUCCAUUGAAGGUGGCCUCGACAUGAACAUGCCCGGUGGUCUUGGCUCGUACGGCGUCAACUGGAAGGCCGGCUCGUACUUUGGCGCCAACGCCACGGCUGCCGUCAACAACGGCACCGUUCCCGAGAGCCGCCUGGACGACAUGGUCAUCCGCAUCAUGACGCCCUACUACUUCCUUGGCCAGGACGCCGAGGACUUCCCCAGCGUCGACCCCUCCACUGCCAACCUCAACACCUUCUCCCCGCCCUCCAGCUGGCUUCGCGAGUUCAACCUGACGGGCGAGAGCAGUCGCGACGUGCGCGAGGACCACGGCGGCCUGAUCCGUCGUCACGGUGCCGAGGCCACAGUGCUUCUCAAGAAUGUCGACGGCGCUCUCCCGCUCAAGCAUCCCAAGUCCAUCGCCAUCUUUGGCAACGACGCCGGCGACGACACCGAGGGUUACUACAACCAGCAAAACUUUGAAUUCGGCACCCUCACCGCCGGUGGUGGCUCCGGCACUGGCCGCCUGACAUACCUCAUCUCGCCGUCGGAGGCCAUCAAAGCUCGCGCCGCGCAGGACAAGGCGCUGGUCCAGCAGUGGCUCAACAACACACUCAUCGCCACGAGCAACGUGACCGACCUGUGGAUCCCCGUGGUGCCCGAGGUGUGCCUGGUCUUCCUCAAGACAUGGGCCGAAGAGGCCAAGGACCGCGAGCACCUGAGCGUCGACUGGCACGGCGACGACGUCGUCUACUCGGUGGCCAAGUCGUGCAACAACACGGUCGUCGUGACGCACUCGUCGGGCAUCAACACGCUCCCCUGGGCCGACCACCCCAACGUCACCGCCAUCCUGGCCGUGCACUACCCGGGCCAGGAGUCGGGCAACUCGAUCGCCGACAUCCUCUACGGCGACGUCAACCCUUCCGGCCGCCUGCCGUACACGAUCGCCCUCAACGGCAGCGACUACAACGCCCCGCCCACGACCGCCAUCAACACGACCGGCGUGUACGACUGGCAGUCGUGGUUCGACGAAAAGCUCGAGAUAGACUACCGCUACUUUGACGCGCACGACAUCAAGGUCCGCUACGAGUUCGGCUUCGGCCUGUCGUACACCACCUUUGAGCUCGCCAACGCCGUCGAGGUCGAGUCCUGCACGGGCAGCGAGACCGUCUCCUCCCGGCCCGAGGCCCAGCCCGUCAUGCCCGGCGGCAACCCGGCCCUCUGGGAGGUCCUGUACAACGUGACCGCCUCGGUGACCAACACGGGCGGCGUCGCCGGCGCCACGGUGCCGCAGCUCUACGUCACCUUCCCGAGCGGCACCACCCCGGCCGGCACCCCGCCCAAGCAGCUGCGCGGCUUUACCAAGAAGACCCUGCAGCCCGGCGAGACGGCCGAGGUCGGCUUCGAGCUCAUGCGCCGCGACCUGAGCUACUGGGACGUCGUCAGCCAGGAGUGGCUCAUCCCCGAGGGCGAGUUCGUGUUCAACGUCGGCUUCUCGAGUCGCGACAUUCGCGCCACUGCCAAGUUUGCUCCUGUCGCGUGAGCUUGCGUGACUGACAAGAGGUUGAAAGCUAGCGAGUCGAGAGGACAGGAUGUGUUGAUGUAGAUAGAAUAGCGAUCUGUACAAUAGCGCACGCGGCUCACGAGUCAAUGAUGAAUAUGAAUAUUAAUACAUCAC